UGUUUGGCAAAAAGAAAAAGAAGAGCACCCUGCGGUCUGGGGAGGAACCAGCUGAGGGACAGAGGCACGCUCCCCAGGGCGCCAGCAAUGGGACCUUCUCUUCAGAUGAGGAGCCCCUGGAAAGCAAUCUGAGGUCCUCCACCUGUUCUAUGGGAGCACGGGCGUUCUCCCAUGACAGUAUUUUUAUCCCUGAUGGGGGAGCAGAAAAUGAGCAGACAGUUCAAGCAAUGUCACAGGACAACAUCCUGGGCAAAGUCAAAACUCUUCAGCGACAGUUGGGCAAGAAUAUCAAGUUUGGGCAGCGGCCAUCGAAUGCCAUUCCCAUGAAGAAGGCGGGCAGUGCGGACGCUAGCUCUGAUGAGGACUUCUUCCUGACCAGUCCCAUGGAAAUUGUGACUCAGCAGGAUAUUGUCCUCUCAGACCCAGAGAACAAAUCCAGUGACACGCCCAGUUCUUCCAGUCCUCUGAAUCUACCUGAAGCCAGAAGUGAGAUGGAAGACAAGGUUGCUCCAGUUAAACCCUCUCGGCCAAAAAGGCACCUCUCUCCUGCUGGCACCAUUGAAAGUGUCAACCUGGACGCCAUCCCCCUGGCGAUUGCUCGUCUGGACAACAGUGCUGCCAAGCACAAGCUCUCUGUGAAGCCAAAAAACCAGAGGGUGUCACGGAAGCACAGGUGGCUUUCCCAGGAUCGUCAGAAUGAGCCAGGCAGCUUUGAGAGGCAGCCUUCUCUGGACCAGAACGGGCAGCCAGGAGAAGACAAGCACAUUUGGCAUGAAGAGGAACCAGAACCUCUGGAUUCCCGGGAAGACAAAAGACUCCAGGAAGAGUAUUGGCGGGAACUUGAAGCCAAGUGCAAGCGACAAAAAGCAGAGGCAGCUGAGAAGAGGCGCCUGGAAGAGGAGAGGCGGCAGGCGCUGGAGAGAAGGCUUUGGGAGGAGAGUCUCAGAGAGGAGCUGCUGGAAGAGGAGGAAGGGCUGCAGCUAAAGGCAGGGAAGGCACCUCCAGGGGAAGGGCCGCAGUCGGGUCUGGAGGAGCGGAGAGGUGCAGAGUUGGGGGAAGCCAAUGACCUCACGAGCCUGGAGGCUGAAAAGUGCAGGCAUGAGCAGGAAGAUACUGAGAAGCAUGAGGAGGCACUGAGGCAGUGCGAGGCCGAGAGGCAGGAAGAGGAGCUGAGGCAACUGGAGGUCCAGAGGCAGGAGGAGAAACUGAGGCAGCUCGAGGCCCAGAGGCAGGAGGAGGAACUGAGGCAGCUCGAGGCCCAGAGGCAGGAGGAGAAACUGAGGCAGCUCGAGGCCCAGAGACAGGAAGAACUGAGGCAGCUCGAGGCCCAGAGGCAGGAGGAGAAACUGAAGCAGCUCGAGGCGGAGAGGCAGCAUGCUCAGGAGGAGGAGGCCAGGAGGAUGCUGCAGGACCUCAGGCAGGAAGAAGAGGAGGAGGCCAAGUGCACAGAAGAGCUGAAAGGAAGGGAAAUGGAGGCGCCAGGGCUGCAGGUGGAUGAAAGCCCACGGAGUCCAGGAGAGAGCCAGCCUCAGCUAGCGGAGUACACUAAUCAGCAAAGCCCAUUGCAGCGGGACCUUGAGAAGCCAGACAAACAAGAAAACCUCGAAUCCGUGGGACAGAAAGAGAUGGCCCAGGAGCAGAAGGAAGAGGCUAAGAUGACCAGCGAGCCAGAUGGGCAGAGGGAAGACUUGGGCACGGAGUGCAAUGAUGUAGACGUGGAAGGGAGAGAAGCCACUCAGAUAGAUAUCCCCCUGCCACAAGAGGAACAGAUGGGCAGAACGCUGGCCUCAGAAGACAAGAACGAAGCUGUCGCUGCAGAUAAGGACCGAAAUGUGGAGGAGCUCCGGUGGCAAGAGGUGGAAGAGCGGCAGACCAUGCCCCGACCCUACACGUUCCAGGUGUCCUCCGGGAGUAGGCAGAUUCUCUUCCCCAAAGUCAACCUGAGCCCAGUGACACCCGCCAAGGACGCAAGCCUGGCCCCAGUGGCCCAGGAACCACCUGUGCCCAGUGGUGCCACCCCGCACGCCCUGCCCUCGGCGCUCAGCAUCCCACACACGGCCAUUCUGGUCACUGGAGCGCAACUCUGCGGCCCAGCGGUCAACCUGAGCCAGAUCAAGGACACGGCGUGCAAGUCCCUUCUAGGCCUGUCAGAAGAAAAGCGGCAGGUGGAUGUCCCCACGGUGGAACCCAGGGCCACCAGCGGCAAGGCCAGGCCUCCCCCUGAGUCCCCGAGCAAUGCCACUGCGCUAGCCGAGUGGGCAUCCAUUCGAUCCAGGAUCCUGAAGAACGCAGAGGGUGACCAGCGUGGUGACAGAGAGCCUGCCAAAGCCGGGGAAGAGGCUGCUCCCCGAGCGCGGUGCGAUUCCCGAGGGAACAUGCGCAGGACGCAGCCAGUCAAGUUCUCCAUCAUGCCAGCCUGGCAGAAAUUCUCGGACGGAGGCUCAGACACCUCCAAACAGAGCCUGGACGGUGAAAGCAUGAGGAAAAAACCCGGACCAGCAGCAGGUGAAGAAACAACACCUCAGCCUCUGCCUGCGGCUUCGGAGCCUCGGAAGAGCCUGGAGAAGCAAGAGGUGCGCCAGGAGCCACCAGACACCACUGACGGAUGCAAAUUUGCCAAAGACCUUCCAUCUUUCCUCGUUCCAGGCCUGCCUUCUCCACAGAAAGCUGCUUCCCGCACAGGGUCCACGGCCACUUUGGACAGUGAGACCACGAGUGAUGUCGGAAAGCCAGACCUUGUGAUCUCAGGAGGUGAGGAAAAGGCCUCGCCCUUCGGAAUAAAGCUGAGAAGGACCAACUACUCCUUGCGCUUCCACUGUGACCAGCAAGCCGAACAGAAGAAGAAAAAGAGGCACAGCAGCAUGGGAGACACUGUGGAUGGUGGCACCCCGGCAACCGGGAGCGACCCUGGAGAGAAAGAGCCUGAAGCUGUGACCCUCAAGCCUGGCACAUCCCAUCCCCAGGAGAAAAAGCCAGCCCUAGUCCCUCGAAGGGACUCUGCUGAAAGCCCUUCUAGCAGUCACUCUGUUGUUGUAGCCCAGUCGGGGCUGCCACAAGGUAGCCAGACCCCAGCUCCAGGGCAGGACAAGGCAGCAAGCAAAACGCCACCAAUGCAGAAGCCGGCCCUGGCUCCCAAGCCUACCAGCCAGACGCCACCUUCGUCCCCAUUCUCCAAACUGAGCAGACCUCACUUAGUAGAGCUGCUUGCUAGGCGUGCUGGGAAGGUGGAUUCCGAACCGAGUGCGGCCUGCAGGGAGAGCCAGGAGAGCAGUGAUAACCAGCCACCCUCACCAUCACUGCCAGAGGAGCUGAAGGGACAGAAGAGGGACGAGGAAGAGGUGCCAGACAAGAAACCUGCUUCCCCGCCUCCAUCAGCUAGCCAGCAAGAGAGACCUUCCUUGACUCCUGAGACAGGCAGAAAAGAGAAGCCCAUGCUCCAGAGCAGGCACUCUGUAGAUGGCUCCAAAUUAACAGAGAAAGGUGAAGCUGCUCAGCCGCUGUGGAUAACGUUGGCGCUGCAAAAGCAAAAGGGGUUUCGUGAGCAGCAGGCGACUCGAGAGGAGAGGAAGCAAGCCCGGGAGGCCAAGCAAGCAGAGAAGCUCUGUAGAGAAACUGUCAGUGUCAGCCCGCAGCCUGGAAGCAGAGCCGGUUCCCUGCACAAGUCUGCCACUCCGUCAGAAGAGAAGAAGCCUGAAACUGCAGUGUCCAGGCUCCAGCGCCGAGAACAGCUGAAGAAAGCCAACACUCUUCCCACGUCCGUGACAGUGGAGAUCUCAGACUCUGCGCCCCCAGUACCGCUGGUAAAGGAGGUCACCAAGAGGUUCUCCACCCCAGACGCUGCCCCCGUGUCUACAGAACCUGCCUGGCUGGCUUUGGCCAAGAGAAAAGCAAAGGCCUGGAGCGACUGCCCACAAAUCAUUAAGUAAACAGUGACUCUUUCCCAUGUCUGUGGCCAGUUGCUGGCUCUUCUCUUGCCCUUUUUAUUUAUUUAUUUUUUUAUAUGCGAUAAAGAAACCAAGUUAGGGAAAAGAAGCAUGUUUUAUAGGCUCUAAAAUAAUGUUUAGAAACUGCACUGGUGGUGUUCAUUGUAAAGAGUGUAUUUGCACAACCCUGGGUCCUGGUGCCUUGAGCUCCCCUAGUUCUCAAGAGACAGUUUUGUCUCUUGAGCAAAAUCUGCAAAGGAGAACUCGGGAGAGCCUGCCAUGCCCAUCUGUGCCCAUCUAAAUCUGCACAGGAAAGCUCAGGAGAGCCUGCCAUGCCCAUCUAUGGUCCCCACAUAUACAUGCACACCCACGCACCAUUUCAGAUUAUAUCCUUUUGCCAAUCUAUUACUCUUAUUUUUUAUUUUGAUUCUCUACUCUUCUACCCUAAGUGUUUGCAUAUGGAACAGUGACAGGUUCACGUGUACAUAAAACAUGGUGUCACUCUCCUGGACGCAGUGACUAGGAGAACAAGGAAAAGCUGGCCCCCAGCUCUGUGCCUGGUUUUCAUGACUUUUUUCCCACCCUAAAACCACUCACACUCAUACUGACUGAUCCAUGGUGUACCCUGUUAUAGCAGUGCCCUCUUUAAAGACCAAGGACCAUCUGGCCUCGCUGGCUCCAAAGGAACAAAGUCUGGGUCAGAGCUGUCGCUGAGAAGACUCCUCAUGCUGCAGUGGCUCUCCAGCAGCCCCGGCGGCACUCCCAGAUAGAUCCUGGGAGCACAGGGCCUAGGAUAUAGAUUUUAGGAGAAACCUUUCAGAUGAAUUCUGAUGACAUCCAAAAGUUAAGAACCUGGUGUAAUCUAGCUUUUCACAUUAUGAAGAAAAGGCUUGUCCACCCAAAGAUGCAAACGUGAGACAAGAAAAUAAAACUGUCACCCAAACCAGCCAUUUAUGUACGAUAGUUUAGGUUGCUGGCAUUACAUGCCUCUGAAAUUUCCCCUUGGCCUUAAGGGAAAAUGAACAAGCCAAGAUGUGUGACCUAUUUGUUCUAAGGACUUCUUUGUUCCUUUCUUGUACUUGAAUAAUUCAGAGUCGAAUGUUCCAAAGCAUUUACAAUGUAGAGCAUUCACCUUGAUACCUUUAAAAAAAGAAGCAUCUCAGAGUUUUACGUGGCCUUGUUAUCAUACACAUGUGCACACAAAGAAGGGACUUGGCAGUGUCAAAGCCACAUGUAUUUAUGUUUUUUUCUCUAGAUUUGCUUUACAUGACACUAGACAUACCAGUAAAUGCCUACAUACUGCUGGUGAUCACUUUGUAUUUCCCGGUGUUGGCAUAGUUUCCUUUUCUAGGUGUAGGAUCUUAGCCCAGUGCAGGGGAUUCCCCCUCCCCUUUUGUUCUCCCGCACUAAUAUAUUUUAUAGCAUACAUCACUCAAUUUCCUCUGUGCUUACUCAAUAUGCAAUGUGCUGUCAUUCUGUCUGCUCCACAGGAUGACAGGGAUGCUGUUUACCAUAUAGAAACCAUUUUCUCUCUAGAAACAGUGGCUCAGCUUCAUGAAG